AUGCAGAUCGUCAAGUUCGCCCAGCUCAUCGCCCUCCUCGCCGCCGCCGGCCCCGUCAUGGGCGAGCCGGUUAACGAGGGCCGGCGCCGCUGCCUCUCGGUCCGGGACCUCGCCCAGGCCGUCGAGGAGGAGGCCCGGCGCUGCCUCUCGGGCGUGCGCGACACUAUCGACGCCGCCGCGGCCGACAACGAGGAGGCCAAAAAGAAGAAGAAGUGUGCCGGGAAGAAGAAGUGCCUCGCCGAGCUUGAGUCCCGCGACGUCGAGGAGGGCCGCCGCCGGUGCCUGGCUGCCCUUCAAGAGGGCGACGUUGAGGGUCGCCGCCGGUGCCUCGAGGCUCGUGACAUCAGCGUGGCCGACGAGGAGGCCAAGAAAAAGAAGAAGAAGUGCGCCCUGGAGACCCGCGACGUUGAGGCGGCCGAUGAGGAGGCCAAGAAGAAGAAGAAGAAGUGCGCUCUCAACGAGCAGUAG